AUGGAUGGUGAAACCCUUUCAUAUUUAUUAAAAAAUACUUUGCAAGGUUUGGGCUUAAAAAUCGAAAACAUGAGAGGACAAUGCUAUGAUGGAGCUGCCUCAAUGCGUGGUUCUUAUUCUGGAGUAGCUAAACGAAUACAAGAUGAAAAUAAAUUAGCUUUGCAUGUCCAUUGUUAUGCACAUAUACUUAACUUGUGCGUAGUUGAUGUUUGUGGAAAAGUAGCUCCAAUUCGAAACAUGUUUGGUACAUUAAAUAAAAUAUAUACAUUUAUAGGCGCCUCUUCAAAAAGAAACUCGGUAUUUGAGAAAGUUCAAAAAGAGUUAAAUGUGUCAAAUAGUACUCUUAAAUCACUCAGUGAUACGAGAUGGAGUUGUCGAAUUGAAUCUAUUCGUUCUGUUUUAACAAAUUUUAAUUCCAUUAUUUCUACCUUAGAACAUAUAAAUGAAACAGACUCCAUUCAUGGAUCUGAUGCAAGUUCAUUACUAAAAAAUAUUCAAGAUUUUGAAUUUAUUUUCUGUUUGAAAUUAAUGAAACAAGUUCUUCAACUAACUAAUAGUUUGUCAAUACAUUUUCAAAAAAAAAAUGCUAAUUACUCAAGUGUUGGAAUUUUAACAAAUGCUACUUUAUUGGAACUAGAAUCACUUCGAAAUGAUGAUAGUUAUAAACUUUUUUGGACUAAAACUGAACAGUUUGCUACUAAAGAGGAUAUCAGAUUGCCAGAUAUUCCUAGAAAGAGAAAAAUUCCCUCUAGAUUUGGAGGUGGUGAAGCUACAACAAUAAACAAUAUAUCAUCUUAUUUCAAAGUCAGUAUUUAUUUUCCCGUUUUAGAUAUUAUAAUCAAUGACAUAAAAACCAAAUUUGAGGAAAACAAUAUCACAAUACUUAAUGCACUUCAAUGUUGUUUGAGCAACAAAAACUGCUCUAAUGAAAAUAUCUUUGAAGUUUGUAACACAUAUGAUAUCAUAAUAGAUGAUUUUAAGGCAGAGUUAAAGUUAUUUAGUAAAAUGUGUUUAUCAAGUGACAUUUCUGAAAAUUUUGAAAAUCGUCUGAAUUUUUUCUUGUCCAAGGACUUAAUGGGCUCGUUUGAAAAUAUGUAUAAGAUUUUUAAAAUAUAUUUAUCGAUUCCCAUGAGUUCUGCUUCUAGUGAGCGUUCUUUUUCAUCUUUACGUCGUCUCAAGACAUUUACUAGAAAUACUAUAGGUCAAGAAAGACUAUGUAACAUAGCUAUUUUAAAUAUAGAAAAGAUGUAUCCAAUAAAUUUUGACAAAAUUAUUGAUCAGUUUAGUGCAGAAUCAACCCAAAGAGGCAGAAGACUACAAUUAAUAUAA